AUGGAGAACAGCGAUCAUAUUGUGGUUGAUGCUACAGGGCAUGUUGCAGGCAAACUUGCAGGGAAGAUUGCAAAGUUGCUUCUGAACGGAGUGAAAGUAAGUGUGGUGUGUGCUGAGAAUGCACUGUUGAUGAGGACAAUGGAGAUGGCAAAGGCAGACUUUAAGGAGUACCUGAAUAAGAGAUGCAUUGUGAAUCCAAGGAGAGGACCGUUCCACUACCGAGAGCCUAAGAUGCAUCUUGCAAAGAUAAUCCGAAGAAUGAUUUCGUAUAAGAAGUGGCGUGGAAAGACUGCCUUGACUAGGCUGAGUGUUCAUGAAGGGAUUCCAGCGGAGUUUGAGAACUGCAAAAGGCAUAAGUUUGCCAAGAGCAUGUACUACUACAACAGCAAGCCUCAUAAGAAUGUUUCUCUGGGUGAUCUCUUGAGUGAGUUUGGAUGGAAGCACGGAGAGCAAGUGAAAAAGCUUACUGAAAGGGUACGUGAAAGAGAAAGUCUGGAGGUGCUAAGAAAAGAGGAGACUGAGAAACGAUGCAAGGAGAUCAAGGAAACUAAAGACUUUAGCGAGGAAUUAAAGAGAAGGAUGGCAAUGUUUGCCUAA